GUCGUCAUUGCGCAGAACAGUUUGAACCAAAAAGCGGAGAGUGACCUUCCUCAGAUCUCAGUCUGAGACAGAGACAGAGACGGAGAGGGGCACCACGGAACCAAGAAGCCGGUCUCAGCUCCUGCACUCCCCCGCCUUAGCCUCAGAAAUGAACAACAACUUAGUCGGAGAUGAAGUCGGGAAACUUUUUGUGGGUGGAUUAGACUGGAGCACCACACAAGAGACGCUGAGAAACUACUUCUCACAGUAUGGCGAAGUGGUAGAUUGUGUCAUCAUGAAGGACAAAACUACAAAUCAGUCGCGAGGCUUCGGCUUUGUUAAAUUCAAAGACCCCAAUUGUGUACGGACAGUGCUGGAGACAAAGCCACAUAAUCUUGAUGGAAGAAAUAUUGACCCGAAGCCAUGCACUCCCAGAGGAAUGCAACCUGAAAAGUCUCGAACCAAGGAGGGCUGGAAGGGCAGCAAAGCCGAUAGCAAUAAAUCAAAGAAGAUAUUUGUAGGUGGAAUCCCCCAUAACUGCGGCGAGCCUGAACUCAGGGACUAUUUCAAUAGAUUCGGAGUGGUCACAGAGGUGGUAAUGAUCUAUGACGCGGAGAAGCAGAGGCCCCGAGGUUUUGGAUUUAUUACUUUCGAGGCCGAACAAUCAGUGGACCAGGCUGUCAACAUGCAUUUUCACGACAUCAUGGGCAAAAAAGUGGAAGUAAAGAAGGCCGAACCUCGUGACAGCAAAGCUCCUGGGCAGCUUGGCCCUGGCCAGUGGGCACCCAGGGGCAUCUUGAGUGCAGCUAAUGGUUGGACGGCACAGCCUGCCCAGGGCUGGCAACAGCCUUACGGGCCACAGGGAGUGUGGGUGUCGACUACUGGCCAGCCCAUAGGCGGGUAUGGACCUCCGUUGUCAGCAGCCCGGGGAACCCCCACACAGCCUCCAUCACCUUUCAACGCUGCAUUCCUGGUCACGGCCCCGGCGGGCGGCUUCGCUGCACCUCAGGGUUACCCUCAGCAGGGCUACACCACAGCACCUCAGUUUGGUUACAGUUUCGGCACACCCCAAGCAGACCAGUAUGCUCCACAGGUUCCUCCUCCUCCCACCACUCCAGGAACUGCACCGCUGGGCUUUGCCCCCGCCACCACACCAACUCAGGACUUGAGCAAAGCUCCCACUGGGCAGCCUGACUUCCCUUAUAGCCAGUAUGGCUUGGGUAACUACCCUCAGGACCCCUCUGCCUACGGACCAACGCGUCCUUCUCACAGUUAUGGUCAGGAUGAGCAGGGAGGAUAUAGUGCAGGGUACGGUCAGGAUCUAACAGCGUUCGGACACAGCUUCGCAGACCCCAGCCAGCAGACGGCCUCGUACGGAGCUCCGACAGCACAACCCGCCGCCGCUCCUCAGCCCGCCGCAACCGCCUUCGGCAGAGGGCAGAACCACAACGUACAGGGCUUCCACCCGUAUCGACGCUGACUAGGACCCCUGGAGGGGGCAGCUGUGUAAAAUUCAAAAAAACAAAACAAAAACAAAACAAAACAACAAAAAAAGAAGUCAGGGAAAUGUGUGUUCUUGCUUAAAAGCGAAAAACUGGAGUUUGGGAUUGUUCUUUGGGAAUGUUGAGUGCAGACCGUUUGUGAAACAGAAACCUUUGUGAUAGCAGGGAUUCCAGUAAAUACAAAAGGGGUGUAAAGAAAACCCACCUUUUUUUAAUUUUUUUUUUUAUUAUUAUUUUGCAUAACUUAAAGAACGUUCAGCAGAGAGAAGCUUUUAUCCCCCCACCUCCCCAUCCCAUGUUUUAUAGUAGAAAUGAACUACUUUGCAAUAAUUUUGAUUGUCUGGUCAAACACUAGCACAGAGACUAUAUGUAAAGAGACUUGCUUAUAAAUAUGAAUAUGUAUAUUUAUGGUGGACACAACUGAAACAGGGUCUCAAGUUUCCUCAGCUUUAAAUUCUAGGGAAAAAAAAUGUUUUUAUUUUUCAUUUGGUGAAUUUUGUUUACUUUCUGAGCCUUUAAAGUUUGUUUAAAAUGAGAUUAUGAAUAUAUAUAUUAUACACGAACUGUGCAAUUUUUUAAAAAGAGACUUUUGUACUAUAAAUGUACACUUUGCUUGUUUUUUUAUUUAAAGAUGUAGACUUCCCUCAGGUGGCUGUUUUGGGUGCAUUUUUUGCACUUAUGCAAAAAGAUAAAUGACAAAAUUAAUACAUAAAUAAAUGUUUUAAGGAAACCAUGA